AUGUCUCAUAUGGAUAUGACGACCCAGAAGCCUUCAAAGGCUACCAAUGCCGUUCCAGAGCCGGAUGUUUCUACGCGGGACCGCGACGUUGGCUCCGGCGAUGAGCCUCCGGCUAAGAAAGCGCGACUGGAGGGGACAGACUCUGAUAACAAGCCCCUCGAUGCACGUGACAGAGGAAUUGCGCCCAUCAAGGCCGAGUACGUCCUGUUCUGCGAGAAUCAAAUGAUAAUAGACUAA